AUGACCACAGAUAGUAACGGGUGCCUGGUUCAAUGCCUAGGAAGACAAAUCAUCGAAGCAUUAUUAUUUUUAAGAAAUAGACAUUUACCACCUUUGUAUCAUCUUCAUUCUGGAAACGUAAUAAUCCAGAACGGCGUAGCUCGUCUGGCUGGCCUGGAAAACUCCCUCUUAGGCCUCGUACCAAAAGCGCCCUACGCACCGGAGACUCUAGCUUUUGGCUAUUUGCUCUUCGAGAUGUCCGCUGGCUAUGAACUGCCUUCGCUACCCAGUCAGGCACAUCUGCAGCUGGAACUGGAACGGGCUCCUAAAGUGGCUGACGCAUUGCAGUUUAUAUUUCAAAGUCCAAGAAUACCUACAUUGGAAGAACUGGUGAGAUGCGAUUUAUUCAGAGGCGUAGAAUUAAGGGAACUGAGAGGGGCCACUAUAGUUCAAACAGUGUCUUCGCCCGAAGUUUUGCAACUUUUGGAUGUCGUAAGAAGCCCCUCUUUACCAAGUCCACUUCUAAGGCGACAAGAAACCGUAGUGGUUAUAGAAGAUUGUAGCAAGAGGGCGCUAGAAGACAUUGCCGAAGAGGACGACAGUGAAAUUAGCGAUAGUUGUAGCGUAGAGGAAGAUAUCAGUCGUAACGCUAGGUAGUAGCUAUUAGGAUAACUAGAAUCGGAGUAGUUACUAGAGUUUUUUAAUAUUCCCUGUGUUCCAAAUUAGUGGAAUAAGGUAUGUUGACUCAGGCAGACUAUAUACUCUACAUUUUUCUUUCAUAACCAAGAAAUAUUAUAUACGAGUUUUUAUCUUAUUCAAUAAAUCAUUUCAUUAUGUACAGGGUAUUUCUUUGGGCUGCAGCAUACCUAAUUUCAAAAACUACGUUUUAUUGUAUCAGAAUGGCAUUGCUAAAUUAUUUAUUUUCUAUAAUAGCUGUGCUAUUUCUUAAAAUAGACAGUACUAUAUUAAAAAUUAUUUAUUUUUCUUCUGCAAAUACACACAAAAGAAGUACAUAACUAAUAGUAGAUUAACAUUAAUUUAUUUUGACACCAACAAAUCUAUUAUUAUUAGAGGUGUUGAAAAAGUAGAAACUAACUAUCCGUUACUCGACUACUCGUUACUUUAUUGAUACCCGAAGUAAGGUUGACAGCAGUUGACAAAAUUGACAGCAGUACCAAAAUCAGUACAAAGUAAUCAUAUUAAUCAAAGUAACGAAUAUUUGAAAUGAUUACUUAGUAGUCGAGUAACGAUUAGUAACGAGUAAUCAAAAAUAACGAAAAUAAACAUCAGUGAUGUCUUUAAAAGAUGGCAUAGUUAUUAUGUACAUAUUUUAACUUGUUUUUUUUUAUGAAACCCUACUAAAAUUUAGCCCUUUUUUGGCAGAAAAUAGUACCUUAUUCAUCAUGCUAAAUACAAAAUAAAGUAUAUUAAAAUCUAUAAAUAUAAUAAAAGUAUUUUUAUAGCGUCCAUUUCAGCAAUAAGAUUAGAUGCUAGAUAGGUCUUAACAGUUUUAUUAUAUCAAAUAACAUGUAUUUUAACCAAAAACUUGUAAUGUUUAAAAGAAGUAUUUAGGCAAUCAAAAUAUAAUUUUAGGAAAACCAACUCUAACCGUAUAUCUAAAAUAGAAAUAAAUUCGUACAAAAUCAGAGUAAAUAACAAUCAAAUUAAAUAUUAAAAUUUUUAGACAAAAUUGAGAACUAAAAUUUCCGCCUUUCUAUAACCUGGACAAAAAAUUAAAUAACUCGCAAUUAUAAUGUAAAUACUUAACAAAACUAGUGCAAUUUUCUAUACAUUGCCAGAAAUAUUUUUCUAGGUUACCUCUAUAUUAAAUAUAUUUAAUUAUAUACAGUGUGUUAUAUUUAAGAUAAAAAUAUUAUAUUUUUAUUAUUUGGACUAACAAAAAUUUGAUUUUUUACAACCAUACAAUGAUUGCUGUAUACAGGUUGAGAUAUAAUUUUUAUUUUAAUAUUGUAACUGAAUUUUUAAUUGGGAUCUUAAAAAAAUGUUUGUUCCAACUCGCCG